CGUGGACCCGGAUGAAUAGCCUGGGUCGCUAGUCACUGACGAACUAGAUGCGGCGAUUGAGGAGUGUAGAGCUAAGGUUGAGCGAUUGUAGAGCCAGGAACCGUAAAUUCAGACAUCGAAUUCGACCUCGAAAACGACAUCCACCGGUGUAUGGCAUCUCUUCCCCCGCAACGAGUGACAACGAAGGUUCACACGCGGAUGCUCUCCGCGUCACCCAGAUAUUCGAGAAUCCACACUUUUUCUUGGCAAAGGGUGCGGCGAGUUUGAAUGAUAUUGCGCAGGGCAAAUUGGGGGACUGUUGGUUGCUCUCGGCGCCGGCUAUUGCGAGCACGACGUAAGGGUUGAUUGAGAAGGUUUGCAUUGCAGCGUAUAUUUCUUUUUUUCUUGGUUUGUUCGUGUGUUAUUGGAUGUUGAUGGUUGGUUUGUUCUACAGCGGGAUGAACAAGUCGGAGUGUAUGGAUUGGUGUUUUUCAAGAAUGAUCGAUGGGUCGACCCCGUCAUUGACCAGUAAUCCUUCUCCCUCCGAGCAAAUCUAGUGUUACACCCGACGCUAACAAUCCCUCCCCCACCCCAGUCAACCAUUCACACAAAUUCCCAAAUCUAAAGAACUCAGCGACAGUGAAAAAGCACUAUACCGUGACGACAAGUCGAACUAUAACCGUAUCGCGCGCAAGGGGGACAAGACUCUGCAUUUCGCCAGAUCUGGGAUGACGGAAGUUGCAUGGGAAUUACGACCAUUUGAAUGGAGGUUCGGAGGCGGAGGCGU